AUGCCCGCUGAGCCCUCCAAGGCCGCUGCCGCCGCCCGUCGUAGAAACAACCUCCGCAGAGAUGCCGAGGACAUCAAAUACGACUCCAGUCACGCCCGCGAGAUCGAGCUGAAGCGGAGCAGAGGCGAGAUUUCGCUCAAGAUCCGUUGCGACAAGACCAUCCCCUGCCAAUCUUGCCAGCGUCGAGGAUGCGCGGCACUAUGUCCGAAUGGGAGUCUUGCAACGGGCCAGGGUACUCGUUUUGUGCUCGCUGCGACCGAGCAUCUCCACCGUCGAAUAGCCAAGAUGAGUGCGCGUGUUCAUCAACUCGAGGACGCCCUCGCAAUUCUCCAAGCCAAGUCGUCCAAUGAACCCCAUCCCCUCCUAUCCGACGGCACCUCCAAAAACCACAAUCUGGACGAUGAUGAUGGCAUGGACAUUCUAGACCGGCCCGGGUCAGGAGACGUCGUCUCAGCGUUUGGUAUGUUGUCCGUGACCGACGGGGGCAUCUCCCGGUUCUUUGGUCCCACAGGUGGAACGGAGUACCUACUCUUCUCUGAUGUGGACGACCUCUCUUCACUAAGUAACGGCAGCGCCUCUCCGGAGUCAGCACGCGACUCGAAUACUCCUCCGCUUCCCGGCGACAUCAUCCGUUUCUCCAACGCCUUCCCAUUCACUCCCUUGGGCCCCGCUGCACAGACCUAUGAGUUGAUUGAAGGCCAUCUUCCGCCCUACCAGCGGGCAUGCGAACUCGCCGAGUCAUACAUCAUGCAUGCUUCCUGGCUCUUCCGGAGCGUUUCGAGGCGGCAAAUCUUUGAGGAGCUAGUUCCCCGCUUUUACAAGCAGGCGGCUAAUGACGACACCCCAAUGACCGAGCCCAGCAGCCCUCACGACUUGGGCCUGUUCCUCCUUUGUCUUGCUAUCGGCGCGCUGGUCGAUCUGAAGCAGCAGGGAUACAAUUCGGAGGGGGAACACUUCUGCCAGCUCGCGCAGGCGGCCAUGGCUCUCCAGCCGGUAUUGGCGAACCCCUCCCUCACCACCAUCCAGGCUCUCCAUCUACAUAGUAUCUACGUCGCCAUGGUGGGCAACGAGCCCGGGGGCGCGGACCACCAUAUGGAGUUCUCUUGGGCUUUGCUAACGCUCGCCGGUCAACUGGCUCACACGAUUGGGCUGCAUCGAGACGGCGCGCGAUUUGGCUUCUCGCCAGAGAUCCUUGAGCGGCGGCGGCUUACGUUCUGGGACCUCUUCGUUGGUGACGCAUGGCAGAGCAUGAUGACGGGGCGCCCACCUGUUAUCCAACGCGAGUACAUUGACUGCAAGUUCCCUACCCCAGCGUUGUCGCCGGAUAGCGAGGAGGGUGACGAUGAACAGGACGCUCAUUUCGAGACAUGGGGUUUCCGGUUCGCAUUGCAGUGCGUUUCCGAGGUGACCUCAAAAGCUCUCGCUGCCGAAACCCCCUCGUACGAGACGAUCUUGGAGCUCGACCGCAAAGUCCGAGAGUUCCCUAUCCCUCCUGACGCUACCGCUAUGCAAGAGGGUUUGGAGAUUGCACCAGAUGAGGAAGCCCCGCCAAUACAAGAAAGCAUGAUCCGCUUCGUCCUUGCGCACUCGCGGGAAGUCAUUCUCUUGUACUUGCACCGCUGCUUCUUUGCUCAGGCUAUCACCGAUUGUCCGAGGAAUCCGCUGCGCAGCCCAUACGCGCACUCAUUCCUGACCGCUUACCGGUCCUCGACGACAAUUCUCAGGGUUAUCCGAGAGCAGUUCAAGCUGUACCCAGCCAUGUGCGCGCGGUUCUGGGUCAUUUGGACGUUCGCGUUUUCGGCAGCGGUCGUGUUUGCCACGAUUGUCACCCGCGGCCCGCGCUCAUCCAUGGCAGAACAAGCACUGGUCCAAAUGGAUCAGGCAUAUGAACUGUUCCAGCAGGCGUCGAGGUACAAUCGGAGGGCUGCAAAAGCUUUGCCGAUUCUUCUCAAGCUCCGGGAGAAGGCCCACAAUGCCUUCGGAAACGCUCAGAACGAUUCUUCUGGCACCUAUGAUGGUUCGCUCUGGAGCAGCCAGGAAGACGACGAGCUCGACAUCUUCGCCGGGCGUACCUCGGUCAUCGCGUCAAAGCGCCCUUCGCCUUCCCCCACCCAGAUGCCUCAACCAAUCCCCCGUCAUCACACAGUGUCGAUGCACUUAUCGGAGCCGGGGGACGCACCGCCGAUUAUCACCCCUCCUACGACGCUACCUAUCGCUCCUAUCGCCGGAAGUAACGGUUCUAUUCAGUUGCGGGAGGCGUGGCCAGCCCAAGCCCAGGCCCAAGCUGCUGUUGUCCACUCUCAGUCUGCCUCCCAGUAUCCGUCUAUACAGGGACAGUCCUCUCAGCCCCCAUCGCAUCAGCCGCACACGUACCGCCUCAGCUACUCGCAUUCGCAGCCCGCACCCAGCUCGCACUCACACCAGCACCCUCAUCAGCACCCGCACCCCCACGUACACCACUCGCUCUCGCUCUCGCCGGCCGAGUACCAGUGGGUACCGCAACACCAGCAUGCCCCCGCGGAACCCGCGCAGGGGUACGCCACCGCUGCCCCCGGGCCCCACGUCUCGUCGGCGUACGGUACGCAAUAUCAGCCUCAGCAGCAGCAAGAGCUCUUGCAGCGCUAUGCGGAUACAACGCCAUAUUCGCACGGGCAACAGCAGGGUGCGGGCGCGCCACAAGAGUAUGUUCCGCCGUCGGAGUUGGUCGGGCUGGGGCUCGCAUCGAGGCAUGGAAGGUUGGACGAGCGGUGGACGUCGUUCAUGCACGAGAGCGGGUUUUUGUAA